ACCACCAUCAGUGGGACAGAAGAGGCCUUGGACAAACAUUUCCCUGAGUCUCCCCUCUCCGCAUAGAUGGUGACUGCAGGAGUCACACAGAUCCAAGAAGCCCUGCUCAGCUCUUGGGGCCACGUGCAGUGGUGGGCUAGAAGCAAGGGUAGUGUGCAGAGCUCCAUGGAGGAAAGCCCGGGUUCCAGAUCCGAGGACCUCUCCACAUGGAAUCAAGGCAGUAGGUGUCCAGGGUCUCCAGCACCCAGUUAAACGCUAGGACAGCGCUUCUCAACCCUGGCUACACAUUGAAUUUUCCUGGUCACCUUUGAAAACAUAUCAGUUCCUUGGGCUCCACCCUAGAUAUUCUGAUUCACUUGGCCUGGAGUAGGGCUGAGGCAUCAGGAGUUUUCAAAGCUCCCCAAAUCAUAUCAAUAUGUAGCCCGGGAUGAGAAGCCCUGAGCAAGGGGGUUGCAGGCCGUCCUUACAGGUAACUGCAUUUUCAGUCACACAUUUUCUUUUUGAGUAACUGUUAUGUGGCAGUCAUUGACAAAAACAGGAGUAAUAAUUCUGAUCUUGCCUCAAUGGAACAAACCGUUAGGUCGUGAAAGUGUCCUAUAACAUGCGGUAGUGGGCUGGAAUUUAAGAGUGCAGGGGGCUGCAGAGAAGGGGGGUUUAUUUAGGGAAGAGAGGAGUGAGGGAGAGAGAAGGAGGGCUGGUGGGUAUUUUGGCGUAAGACUGCGUGUAAUGCACAGGUGGCACUUCUCAACAGGACGUUUGACCACUGGUGGUGUGCUGACAAUGGCAGUGUUAGAGACGCUUGAAGGAGGCUAGGGACAGUGAGGGAGGAGGAGGCAGGGCCCUUCCUCAUGCUGGUUCCCAGGGUGAGGGCCCUGUACAGCCCCUCCCUGCUGGUGCUACUCCUGGCCACAUCCCUGCUUGAGGUUGGAGCCCAAGAGGGCAAGUGGCUGCCAGGUUGAGGACCCACUAGUCCAUUUAUCCAUCAUUCCCCAGCAUUGCUGUUUUCUUCCUUAAGUUUAUAGAAACCAGCACAUGGGGUCCCUGAGAAUUGUAAAGAAAAACCUUCCCUAAGGUGCUAAGUGAUGCUUUGCAUGUAUAUAUGAGUGUGUCUGUGUAGGAUUUCUCACCAAGGUGAGAUCUCCCUGUCUUGAAAAACUUGUUCGGCCUUAGAACUAACAGCUAACGGCUUUUUAUACCGGGGUUUGUGAAUACAAACUCUAGACUGAACGAAUAAGAACUGGCUUUGAAAGUGCUAGAUUGCGGGGAGGGGUUUGACCCACAGCCAGGGUGUUUCCACGUGAGUCCAGCCCCUCAUUAGAGUGAAGCGUAUCCUCUAGGGAGCAGGGGUUUCCUCCCACGCGGGGCUGCAUCCCACGCGCUGUGCCGUAUCCUGCCCACCCUAUCUUGACCGCGGAAGUUUUCAGGUGUUCUGCACCGAGGCUGCGUUGUGCACAGCUAUGAUGGAGCUCUGCAGAUCCCACUGUGGCCACCGUCUUCCAUUUCUUCGGUUUCCGUAAAGUUUCCUAGUGAACAAACUCAAGUUUUCACUUUAAAGGAGAGGGAGGAAAGCUGUGCUCUCCUGCAGGUCAUGCAGUGCCACUUUGAGACAGUUUUAUUUGGGCAGUAAACUCUUGGAGUUGUUCUUGGCAAAAGUUCUAAUGAAAUGGAAACCUUGAAGUAUGCUUAGAGCGGUUGGCCUCAUUCAGCUUGGGCAGGAGCAGGUGCUAAUCCAGCCCCUCAACAACUCCCAGGGCCCAUUCAGUGGACGAGAGCAUCUGAUCAGGCGCAAAUGGUCUUUGACUCCCAACCCUUCUGCCGAGGCUCAGAGAUCUGGGCAGCUCUGCAAGGUUCUAACAGAAAAGAAGAAGCCGAGGCGGGGCAGGCCUUCGCGGGACUGGCGGGAGCGGAGGAACGCCAUCCAGCUCACCAGCGAGCACACGGUGGAGACCCUGGUGGUGGCCGACGCCGACAUGGUGCAGUACCACGGGGCCGAGGCCGCCCAGAGGUUCAUCCUGACCGUCAUGAACAUGGUAUACAAUAUGUUUCAGCACCAGAGCCUGGGGAUUAAAAUUAACAUUCAAGUGACCAAGCUUGUCCUGCUACGACAACGUCCGGCUAAGUUGUCCAUUGGGCACCAUGGUGAGCGGUCCCUGGAGAGCUUCUGUCACUGGCAGAAUGAGGAGUAUGGAGGAGCACGGUACCUUGGCAAUAACCAGGUUCCCGGCGGGAAGGACGACCCGCCCCUGGUGGAUGCUGCUGUGUUUGUGACCAGGACAGAUUUCUGUGUACACAAAGAUGAACCGUGUGACACUGUUGGAAUUGCUUACUUAGGAGGUGUGUGCAGUGCUAAGAGGAAGUGUGUGCUUGCCGAAGACAAUGGUCUCAAUUUGGCCUUUACCAUCGCCCAUGAGCUGGGCCACAACUUGGGCAUGAACCACGAUGAUGACCACUCAUCCUGCGCUGGCAGGUCCCACAUCAUGUCGGGAGAGUGGGUGAAAGGCCGGAACCCAAGUGACCUCUCUUGGUCCUCCUGCAGCCGAGAUGACCUUGAAAACUUCCUCAAGUCAAAAGUCAGCACCUGCUUGCAAGUCACGGACCCCAGAAGCCAGCACACGGUACGCCUCCCGCACAAGCUGCCAGGCAUGCACUACAGUGCCAACGAGCAGUGCCAGAUCCUGUUUGGCACCAACGCCACCUUCUGCAGAAACAUGGAGCAUCUGAUGUGCGCUGGACUGUGGUGCCUGGUAGAAGGAGACACAUCCUGCAAGACCAAGCUGGACCCUCCCCUGGAUGGCACCGAGUGUGGGGCAGACAAGUGGUGCCGCGCGGGGGAGUGUGUGAGCAAGACGCCCAUCCCAGAGCAUGUGGACGGAGACUGGAGCCCGUGGGGCGCCUGGAGCAUGUGCAGCCGAACAUGUGGGACGGGAGCCCGCUUCCGGCAGAGGAAAUGUGACAACCCCCCCCCUGGGCCUGGAGGCACACACUGCCCGGGUGCCAGUGUGGAACACGCGGUCUGCGAGAACCUGCCCUGCCCCAAGGGUCUGCCCAGCUUCCGGGACCAGCAGUGCCAGGCGCACGACCGGCUGAGCACCAAGAAGAAAGGCCUGCUGACAGCUGUGGUGGUUGAUGAUAAGCCAUGUGAACUCUACUGCUCACCCCUCGGGAAGGAGUCCCCACUGCUGGUGGCCGACAGGGUCCUGGACGGCACACCCUGCGGGCCCUACGAGACCGAUCUCUGCGUGCACGGCAAGUGCCAGAAAAUCGGCUGUGAUGGCAUCAUUGGGUCUGCGGCUAAAGAAGACAGAUGCGGGGUCUGCAACGGAGACGGCAAGACCUGCCACGUGGUGAAGGGUGACUUCAGCCACGCCCGGGGGACAGUUAAGAAUGAUCUUUGUACGAAGGUAUCCACAUGUGUGAUGGCAGAGGCUGUUCCCAAGUGUUUCUCAUGUUAUAUCGAAGCUGCCAUCAUUCCCGCUGGAGCUCGGAGGAUCCGUGUGGUGGAGGAUAAACCUGCCCACAGCUUUCUGGCUCUCAAAGACUCCGGUAAGGGAUCCAUCAACAGUGACUGGAAGAUAGAGCUCCCCGGAGAGUUCCAGAUUGCAGGCACAACUGUUCGCUAUGUGAGAAGGGGGUUAUGGGAGAAGAUUUCUGCCAAGGGACCAACGAAACUACCGCUGCACUUGAUGGUGUUGUUAUUUCACGACCAAGAUUAUGGAAUUCAUUAUGAAUACACUGUUCCUGUAAACCACACUGCGGAAAAUCAAAGUGAACCAGAAAAACCGCAGGAUUCUUUGUUCAUCUGGACCCAUAGCGGCUGGGAAGGGUGCAGUGUGCAGUGUGGAGGAGGGGAGCGCAGAACCAUCGUCUCAUGCACACGGAUUGUCAACAAGACCACAACUCUGGUGAACGACAGUGACUGCCCUCAAGCAAGCCGCCCAGAGCCCCAGGUCCGAAGGUGCAACUUGCACCCCUGCCAGUCACGGUGGGUAGCAGGUCCGUGGAGCCCCUGCUCGGCAACCUGUGAGAAAGGCUUCCAGCACCGGGAGGUGACCUGCGUGUACCAGCUGCAGAACGGCACACACAUCGCUACGCGGCCCCUCUACUGCCCGGGUCCCCGGCCGGCGGCAGUGCAGAGCUGUGAAGGCCAGGACUGCCUGUCCAUCUGGGAGGCAUCUGAGUGGUCACAGUGUUCUGCCAACUGUGGAAAAGGGGUGCGGAAACGGACUGUGGCGUGCACCAACUCACAAGGGAAAUGCGAUGCCUCCACCAGGCCGAGAGCCGAGGAGGCCUGCGAGGACUACUCAGGCUGCUAUGAGUGGAAAACCGGGGACUGGUCUACGUACCUUGACCUUCCUGGUACGAGGAGCCACAAAACAACCAAAGGAUGGACAGGAAUAACACUCAGCAGUCCUGCCCGGGACCUGGUGCUCAUGCAUCGCGUGGCUCACUCAGCCCAUGAGCCUUCCCUCGUCUGCUGUUUGGGGUCCCUCCCUGGCCAAGGACACUGCAAGUUUCCCCAGACAGGACCUUCAGCCUUCCGGGAAUGCCUGUCAGUGCUCAUCGACCUGCGGGAAGGGCCUGCAGUCCCGGGUGGUGCAGUGCAUGCACAAGGUCACAGGGCGCCACGGCAGCGAGUGCCCCGCCCUCUCGAAGCCUGCCCCCUACAGACAGUGCUACCAGGAGGUCUGCAACGACAGGAUCAACGCCAACACCAUCACCUCCCCCCGCCUUGCUGCUCUGACCUACAAAUGCACGCGAGACCAGUGGACAGUGUAUUGCCGGGUCAUCCGAGAAAAGAACCUGUGCCAGGACAUGCGGUGGUACCAGCGCUGCUGCCAGACCUGCAGGGACUUCUAUGCAAACAAGAUGCGCCAGCCACCGCCAAGCUCGUGACGUGCAGCCCCGGGGGUCGCUCAAGGCUCAGACUCGAGGUCUGAAACCCGCCCACCCCCAAGUGUACCAGCCUUGCGGCCAUGCCCCCACAAGGCUACCACAAGAAUACAACUGCAUAGAACAUGAGUGUGGACUUG